UUCUUUUUGUUUACUCUCCAUUUUGAUAGUUUCACUUUCUCUUCAAUUAAUUGUUAAUUUAUUGAUUGUAAACAACCAAUUCGACACUUCAAUGGCCGAUCAAGCUUCCAGUUCUGCUAAUCAAGGUGGAGAACCUCGUUAUGAUAAUAUCGCUCGUGUGAGAACUUUGGUUUGGUCUUUGAAAGAAGCAGUUCAAAAUCUUGUGAAAAUUUCUGCUGCAUAUAUUAACCACAAUGCUGCUGUCGACAGUGGACUAAAAGCUCCUGAAGACAAAGCAUUACCACCAUUCGAUAAAGCAUUUGAAGAUUUUCAUUCUUUACUUAAUCAGAUCGAGUUACAUUUUAAAACAAUACAAGAAUGUGCUAUCCAACAGCGACAGAGUCAAAAAUAUUUACCACCACCCGAUAAAUACAAAGGUGCACCUCAGAAUAUUGAAACAGGGGAACAUGAUAACAUGACUUAUGGACAAUACAUCAAUCUGAUCAAAGGCCAAAUAUCGUACGUUGAGAGUUUACAGAAAAUAAUUCUCGAUGGAGCAAAAAGAAUCGAACUACAACAAUCUCAAUGAUUCCAUUUACCAUUUACUAUUCUGUCCAAAUAUCUACUGAUUAUGAACUUUCUCUACAAUUAAUCACUAAGAUUUUAUCGAAAUGAAUACAGCCUAAGUAUUUGUUAGAUGAUUUUAUUCAUCACCUUCGAAAAUUGGACUUGAUUGUUGAUCUAUUAAUAAGAUCAAAAAGCUCGAAUCACAAAAAUAAAUGUAAAUCUAUUUUCUAAUUGUUGAUACAAAAGCUUUUGUAUCAAUCUCUGAAGUUGGUUAAGGAAAAAAUCUAAUCAAUUUUGGAGUCACUUUGAUUAACACCAAAUUGUUGAUCCAUUUAAAUAAAAGAUCAAAAUGGUUA